AUGACUACUCCCGGCAGUGGCUUUUUUAAGUAUCACUGCAAAUACUUUAACGUGGAUAAUUGCCCCGAAAUGGUAUGGCUUAACAACGCGACCUGCCCAAUCUGCCUUGCCAAGGGUCGCGAUGAUGAGCUGUCUCCAACAGCGGCAUGGACGGCAUCUAGAGAUUUCAUGGCGCCGCAUAUCAACGACGGCAUCUUGCAAUACGCCCACAUGGAUAUUGCCGUGUCGGAACAGGGCGAGGAGAGCUUCGUCAUGCUGUCCGAGACGUUGCGUCCUCCUCCUCCCGCCAUACCCGUCACGACGAUGAUGCCCGGAGGAAAGACUAUUCUGGCCACUACCCAUUGA